AUGGAGUCCUUCUCCAUGUUGGCGGAUGUGGCUAGAGAUCACGAAAUUGAGAUGGAAAGGGUGGAUGAUAGUGAAUUAAAAAGGAAGCAUGAAGACGUGAGUUCCCCAAACAAGAGGCCUAGACAAGAAGGGAAUUCCGGAAACCACUCUAAUAAAAGAGUUCCAUUUUGCCGCCAAUGCAAGAAGAAUCAUUCGAGGGUAUGUAGGGCGGUGGAGAAAGGUUGUUAUACUUGUGGGAAGCCGGGGCAUACUAGCCGGGAAUGUAGGUCCAAACCUCACAAGCCCGUUGUUUGUUUCAAAUGCUUUGAAGAGGGUCAUAUGAGAAGUUCAUGCCCUAAGUUGACCGAAGAAGAAAGACUGGAAGAAAGGAGGAAAGAGGCAGAGAGGAGAAAUACUCAAGCUCAUGGAAACUCGUGUGGAAGAUCUUUCCAACUCACUGUAGAGCAAGCAAGAGACGCAGAUGAUGUUGUCACAGGGGCGAAUAGAUCAUUUGUUGCAACUAGAGUAAUUCAUAAUAUUCCCGUGUCUAAAUCAUAUUUAGAAAUGUAG